AUUCAUCCAAUCUUAUAAACACUCCGAGCUACAAACAGAAAAGGCAAAAACCUACGAUGCGUCUAUCAAACCACUUCCUGCUCCUAGCGCUCCAAACUAGCAUCGUGGCUAGUACACCCCCGCCUCCCGCGGCCAUGGGGGAUGUUUUGUCCAUCACCACUACUACUACUCCGCCCCCGGGCGCGACCGCUGCAAGCACCGGCAAAGAACUACGAAAGCGGAAGGGCGGGGGGGGAAGAGGGGGAGGGGGGAGGGGGAAGUCGAAGGCGAAGGGGGGGGGCGGUGGCGGGUCCGCCGCUUCGGGGAGGGCAGGCGGGGACGUUUGUGGGGUUUUGCUGAUCGCAUGUUUGCUUUGUGUGGGUGGUUUGGUGGGGUGGGCUUGAGGGGGGUGUAAGUGGGCUUUAGGAAUCACCCGGUAAUUUCCAAUACGGCUGUGGCCACUACGUUUGUGAUUGCCGGCAUCGUUGACGUACACAUCAUAAUCGGUACGACUCAACCCUCACAGGGGCCUUGGUAAUGGGUCGAAGGGAGGAGGCAGAGGUGGAGUUUGGUUUACUUUUUUCUCUAAUGACUUGUAUAUUCUUUCUUUUCCUUUCUCUCUUCCCUUCUAGCUUGAUUUGCGGCAGUAGUCUAAUGGUGGAGUUUCUCCGCUGGAGGGGUGGUGCGCGUUUUUCUGUAAAUUUGCAUGUGUGCGCUGGUGCGUGGUGGAGAGGGGCGCCCGCCCUGUCCUUUCUGUCCCGCGCAAUAGUCUCUCGGCCAUCUCUCUCGCAAGGAGAUUCUAAUAUCAUAAUUCGUAAAAACCA